AUGGAAACCACGCCACCACCGCCUCAACCCCGCCCACGCAAACAACCUGUCCCGAUCCUCCUCGAAUCCUUCCCCAUCCCUCCUACUUUCAUCCCUUCCACUCCUACCACUGCAAACCCACCACCAUCAGGUCCACCAUCCACACCACUCCCUCCCGUUCCUGGGCCCAGUAGGAUAUCAGAGUACGAUACCCUUAAUCUCCUAUUUGCUGCGUCCAGGUAUUCUCAUGGUGGUGGGAGGGAGUCAUUAGGGAGUACCCGGCAUAGUGCUGGCUAUGCUUUUAGUGGUCCUGCGAGUCCGAAGAUACCCGCGGGGAGGAGGGCUUCCUACGUCGUUUCGCCUGUGCCCAGUUUGGGGCUGGACGAUGAACUUCCUGCUUUGUCCGCAAGUCAAAGGAGGGCAAGAAAAGGAAGACGACAUAACCACCAAGCAAACGAAUCGAUAUCCGAAAUCGACUUUCGUGACAUCCUCUCUUCCGUCUCUGUGAUGAGCGACGACGACGAGGUGUUGGUCCCUCCGCCUAGUCCCUUUCCUAAACGGCCACCCCAGACUUCUAUAGUACAAGUGGUGCCAUCUCCACGCGAUUCGGCAUCUAUACCGCUUGCCUCGCCUUUGAGGAGGGCGUUUGAGGACCAGCAAGUUCGGCACCUCCACCACGAGCAACAUGAGAGAGGGCAAGGGCAUAAUUACAUGGCAUCCGUUGCCGACUUGAUUGAUCCCGCUUUUGCUCCCCCAUCUCUUUCUGAACGGCCGCCCAUUACCGCUUCUGCCGGUCCAUCGACUACCUCUGUAGACCACCCUCGUCCUCCAGACCACCGGCAUCCACCUGUCUCUACCUCCUCAGAUCAACCUACUUCCACCUCUUCCCAAGACGCAGCUGCCCUCCACCGUCAACUCCGCUCGACCCGAUCAAGGAGCGCCUCUCAUAAACAGGCGUUGACUUUGAGGAGUCCUCCUCCUUUGGAUGAGCUCCCUCCACCCCCUAGCUUGGGUGCGUUGCCUGCGCUUGCUGCGGGUGACACAAACGGCGGUCUAGAACCCUCCUCGUCGAUCCUUUCCACAGCUAGUACUUCUGGGAGCUUGUAUUCGGUCGCUACGUCCUUGAGUGCGUCCUCCUCCUUGAGUGCGAUGACGACUUCGUCUUCGAUGACUAUGACGACUGCACGUACAAGUCCUGCCUCUGUUUCGCCUGAUUUGGUGAAGGCUGGCCUUUCAAAGUCGACUAUUACGCGGUCGAAAGACUCGUUUGAGGGUUCAGAGUCAUCGAACCACACGAAAUCCACCCCAGAUCUCUCCAAAUCAACUUCAACACGUCCGAAUCCGAAAGAGGCCUUUGUCGAUCUUUCCAAAUCAAUGUCUUCCUUAUCCUCUAAACCCUCUUCAAUACCCCCUCGAGGAACCUCUCCACUCCCACCAAGAGGCACCUCUCCAGACAUCGACGCCAUCCUCUCCCAAACGCCCAAACCGAAACCACGGCCUGCCCGAGCAGCGCGUGCUUCCGAUCCGUUGUCCAGGGCUCCUUCUGCUUCAGCUUACACAAUGGGAGAAGGGAAGAGGAGGGCGUCCGAAAGUUUGUUGGCGCUUGGAUCUCAUUCCUCCGCCUACGCGAAUUCGAAUUCCACGACGACGAUCCGUGCGUCUGUGUCUAGCUCCGAGGGUUCAGGGGCGUCUUUGAAUUAUAGGAGUCGACGCAUAGGCAGUGGAACCACACCUCGCACGAACAACCGGUACUCUUCCAACGACGACUAUCAGGAACAGGAAGAGAUGACGCGCCAUGGUGAUAAGGACGAGAUUGAGAGGCUUGAGAGGGCUUUGGAUGGGUAUGGGAGCGGGAGCAGUGAUGAUGAGGGAGGGGGUGGUCGUGGUGUUGGACGACGGGGUGCUGGCAAAGGGGGGAAAUUUACCAGAGGGGGAAGACGUGGAGGAGGGGAAGAAGGGGACAGUGAUUCGAGUUUGGAUUUACAUACGCCUCUUCCACACCUAAUGCUCAGACAUGGCCUACUCUCGCCAAACUCCAAGCUGUUACCACACGAGUCCGAGUCCCGUAUGGACCUGGAUGGACGUCCGGGGAGCAUUAUGACUAUGGCUUCAAACGGUGAGGAUCCGUUCGUUUAUGUUUUGUAG